AUGAAAAAAUAUCGGUUCAAUUCCACCUUAUCUCCAAAUAUAUUUAUAUAUAGGCUAUGUAUAUAUCUGUUUCUUCGAUCAGAGGGAUAGAAAUAACAAUCAGCCAUGGAUCUGCUACUCAUUGUCUUAGUCUGUGCAAGCACUCUAACUUUCUUCAUCUUUAGAUGUUUGUACAAUCAAACCAAAAGUUCUUCCAAUCUUCCACCAGGGCCACGCCCCCUUCCAAUAAUUGGAAACAUUUUAGAACUUGGUAGGAAUCCACCCAUAGCACUCUCCAAACUCUCCAAAAUUUAUGGACCCAUCAUGACAUUGAAACUAGGCUCCAUAACCACCAUAGUCAUCUCUUCUCCACAAUUAGCCAAACAAGUGCUGCAAGAGAAUAGCCAAGCAUUUUCUAGCAGGAUAACUCCACAUGCUGUUCAAAUAUAUGACCAUCACAAAUUUGCAAUCACCUGGCUUCCCCCAACAGCUCAGUGGAGGAACCAAAGAAGAGCUUGUGCCACAAAAAUAUUUUCCCCAAAAAUGCUUGACUCCACAAAAGUUGUCCGUCAACAAAAGCUACAAGAAUUAUUGGAUUAUGUAAAGGACAAAAGCUUGAAAUGUGAGGUUUUGAAUCUUGGUGAGGCUGUUUUCACGCCUGUACUUAAUUCAUUUUCAAACACUUUCUUCUCUUUGGAUUUGUCUCACUCUGCAUCUGAUGAGAAGUCUCAAGAGUUUAAGAACAUUAUUACGGGUGCAAUGGAAGAUGCUGGAAGGCCAAACGUUGUAGACUUUUUUCCCAUUCUUGGUCCACUUGACCCUCAAGGUUUUCAUGCUAGGAUGUCCAUUUCUUUCAUCAAGUUGCGUAAAAUUAUUGAUGCAAUUAUUGAAGAAAGAAUGUGCUCAAGAGUUUCAAAAACUGAUUCCGGAUUCGAGGUGGCCAAUGAUGUGUUAGAUUCACUUCUUAGCAAUGUUGGAGGUAGUUCUCAGCUGAGCCGCGAAGAGAUGUUACAUCUAUUUAUGGAUUUAUUUAUUGCUGGGAUCGAUACAACAGUCGUCACAGUUGAAUGGGCAAUGUCAGAGCUAUUGCGUAACCCUGAUAAAUUAGAAAAAACAAAAGAUGAGUUGCGUCAAGCAAUUGGUGAGGAUGCAACACUUGUAGAAUCACACAUAUUAAAGUUGCCUUAUUUACAAGCAGUUGUAAAGGAAACUUUACGCUUGCAUCCACCAGCUCCAUUUCUGGUACCACGCAAGUGUGAUGAAGAUGUCAGCAUAUCUGGCUUCCUAGUGCCAAAAGAUGCACAAAUCUUAGUCAACCUAUGGGCCAUGGGGCGAGAUCCAAUCAUUUGGGAAAAUCCAAAUAUGUUUGUGCCUGAAAGAUUUUUGGAUUGUAAAAUUGAUUUUAAGGGUCACAAUUUUGAGCUUAUACCCUUUGGGGCAGGAAAAAGGAUGUGUCCUGGAUUGCCAUUAGCUUAUAGGUCAGUGCAUUUAUUGUUGGCAUCUCUUUUGCACUACUUUGAUUGGAAGUUAGCUGAUGGAUUGACACCUGAACACAUAAAUAUGGAGGAGCGUUUUGCUGGAUUAUCCUUAAAGAAGGCCCAAGCUCUUCGAGUUCAAGCUAUUUCAAUCAAGCAAUAGUUAAUUACAUAUAAGAGUAAUGUUGUUGCAUUUUAUGUGGAUGUCUAUUUAGGAAUAGAUAUGUGUGAGGGUGAAAUGCAGUAGUUGCAUGUGUUACUUACUCCUAUUAAGUAAUGAAGGGUGGAAUUAUAUUUAUCUACUUAUGUAGCAAAUUCAUUUUUCUCUAUUAUAAUU